AUGGCCCCCGGACAUGUCGAAGCUCUCCCCGAAACACCAGUUCCGGCUCGAGCGCAAGUACCGCCGGCGCGCGGCGCUGAAUGGGAUGAGAGGGGUGGGAAGCCCAUUGAAGAGCUACGUACCUACAUCUUUGGAACCCUCAAGGGUGCAUUCUCUGCUCCCCCGCCUGCGUCUUCUAUGCGGCGCGCCGAGGAGUCGGCGAAGGAGUAG